AUGAUUGGGAUGAUUGAGCUCUACGUGUUUGUCAUGGCCCUGGAGAAGGACUGUGUACAAGUUCAACGAGGCGUUCCAAUUGCUUACGGCUCCCUUCCAGCAAAACAAGUCAACAUCUCACAGUCAAUCGGAUGGAACAAAGCGACUAAGAGACAGAAAGCAGCUUGGAACGACGGCCGAGCCCCAGACACAACCAAACAGCUCCUUGCUGCCUCCGAACAGCCACUCAAACGUGCCAAGUUAGGCAGACCAAAGAAUUCUCCCAAUGUUAACAAGGACCCUCAGUCCACCUAUGUCUCCUAUGUGGCUUCGACCAGUAAGCUGACACGCAAUCGAUGUUGGCUAGCGGCAGCAUUAGAAUUGCUUUAUGCGGUUUACAACCCACUGUGGCUCCAAGAACCUGGCGGAAAACAAAACGAUCUGUUCUUCGUACUGGUAUCCCACUUCACAACACGGUCAACUUACGAGAUGUGCAAGAGUCCACAGAUACGUUCAAUCCUAACACGCGGGUCCAACAAGAUAUUUUUGGAGACCCAGAAACUUCACCCGCUCAAUUUUGUCUCUGGGGAUUUUUCCUCAUGUGAUCUAUUCAUGGAACUUGUCUUGGAUGUCAAGAAGAAUAAGUCCAAGACGCUACCGAAGUUGUUUUGUGUCGAGGAAAACCGAUCCUUCUCUUGUCCGCUCCACCCUGGAAAACAGCAACAUCCCCAAGGCUCUCGCCAGCUAGCAGAGCUAAUCAAUCAAUGGACCACUGGGGGCCUCAACGGGAUCUCUGGACUUCAAUGCUCAGCAUGUAACAGCAAGAAAUCCAGUAACCCAUCGCCAGCCUCCAACUACCUACACAAGAAGUCCACGAUUUCCGUUAUCAAUGGUGCACCUCCAGCACACUUACAAUUUCAUGUCAAUGCGGCCUUGCUUUCCAACGAGGAGAGCAAAUUCAAUUCAUGGGCAGAAUCAAUUGGCCAUUCAAGCUGGUUGACCGGGUUCCGGGCAGCAUUAGCGGAGAAGGUGUUUAUCAAUAAGAGCAUUGUCAACAUCCAGCGUGACAACCCCACAGUCAAAGCCGAUGACAUUCCUUUCAUCAAUAUGGGGGCUGUCCUCCAAGCUACCUAUGAUUCUGUGUUACCUCACCUUACACAAGGACAAUCGAGCCAGGUUAAUCCAACAAUAACAAUCACACAUUCACAUGGUGAAAACGAACUGCAAGAUGCUGAACAUACAGGACCACUGGUCAAAUCAAACUGCAAGGGCCUGAAGAUUCAUCUUUGCAGGAUCAAAUCGGAUGUUCACUCUCCUCCCAUUCCUGCGACUUCAGCUGUCAAUUGUGGCGGUGGCCCCAACAAGAAUACAAUCUACUCGACUCUGUCAUUGUCAGCCCCACCUCUCAAUUCUGAGGCACGGCCUCUUUCGAUGGAAUCACCAGCGGUGUCUCCGCUAUCUCUUUGUAUGGGGGGCAAGCCUUAUAUUUUGGACGCGAAGUUGAAGAAAACCACGGCAACAGAUUGUCCUUUAGGGGCCAAGCCUCGCGUUCUUGGCAGAAAGUCCAGGAAAACCACGGCGCCGCUUGGUCGACCAAAGGCCAGGAAACUUGCGGACAAGAAUUUCAUCCCGGAGCCUUUGACUGACACCGACUGGGCUCGCAUAUCAGCCACCUAUUGGAAUAACAGGCGGAAGGAGGAGGAGAUGUUGUUGGCUACAGAUUCAAACCAUGUGGCAGCAACUGGAUUGAGUGGAAUGGUGGCGACUGUUGAUGAUCCUGAUCUCCCUGGAAAUAUCGAAGGUAAUUCACAUGCCCCUGGUGCAAAAGCUGUCCAACGAUCUGCAAGAAACCGCGGGGUGUAA